AUGGUCACGAUGCCCGUGACGCUGCCAGCGCCACUGACAUUGACGGAUAAUGGCGCAUUGACCCACGCGACGACGACCAGCGCCCACGUCGACCUCUUUGCGGGAGCGAAUCGGGGGACGCCGCUCACUACCCUUGAAGCCAAGCUAACGGCCUCGUACGCCGAGGACCCGCUGCAUACGCUCAAGAUCAUUGCGUACAUUCGCGACAUCCGCGGCGGCAAAGGCGAGCGGCUUCUCGGGCGACAGGCCCUCGCGUGGCUGGCGACGCACGACACGCGCGCGCUCCUGCACAACCUCGAGCACUACGUCAGCGUCUACGGGCGGUACGACGACCUCCUCGCGCUCGUGGGCACGCCUGCCGAGACCUUUGCGCUCUCGAUCUUUGCGCAGCAACUCAAGAAGGAUCUGGCCGCGCUCCACGAUGGCAAGCCCAUCAGUCUCUGCGCCAAGUGGGUGCCGUCCGAGAACAAGAAGGCCGACAAGAAGGACCAUGUCAACGGCAAACUCGCCAAGCUGCUCAACGUGCGGUCGGCCGAGUUGCGCAAGACGUACUUGUCGCCGUUGCGCAAGUCGCUCACGCUGCUGGAGUCGCUCAUGUGCGCCAAGGAGUGGGAGAAGAUCAACUUGAACAAGGUGCCCAGCGUCGCGAUGAAGAACCAUGGCAAGCCCAAGCAUGCGUUCGAGCGGCAUCUCCCCGACGCCUUUGCGACGUGGAAGGCCGGCCUCAAGACGGGCGAGACCAAGGUCAACGCGGCGGUCCUCUAUCCGCACCAAAUCGUCGACGCCUACUACAAUGGCCAGCCCAAGGACGAGCUUUUGGAGGCGCAGUGGGCUGUUCUGGAGACGGCGACGCGGGCUCUGGGUACGCUCACGCAGACGCUCGUCAUGUCGGACGUGUCGGCCUCGAUGUCGGGUACGCCGAUGCAAGUGUCGAUCGCGCUCGG